CUCUCUCUCCACACCCAUUUUCCUAAUCAAUCAUCAACUUCCUUAUGUAAAAACCAAAGCCAAAAAGCCCCACAAAAGUAAAACCACCGUCUUACAACAACAACCAAUUAACAGUCAUUUCAAGAAACCAUUAGAUUCCCAUAAAUAAAGGGGCUAAAGUUCCAUAUUAUCCAGCUCUUUCAUUGCCUCCCUUUUCCCCUCAUUUCUUCUUUUCUCCAUUUCCACAACCAAAAAUAUCAAAUCUUUCAAAAUAUGGGUGGAAAAAAGAAGGAAUUUUCCAAACCCUAACACUUAGCUGCUUCUUCUUUUUUUUUCAAGAAAAGUUGCUGAUUUUCCCUUGAAAACAAGAGAUACCCAAAUUGGGUAUGCUCAAAAUUUCAAGAUUUCCCAAAAAAUAAUGUCCUCAAUGAAGCAUAUUGACAAUAUUCCAUCAACCCCAGGAAAGUUCAAGGAAAAAUCCCCUUAUAAUAGGCUCAGGCUCCAUAUUUCUGUAGCCAAGCUCACAUUUUGGUCAUUUGUGUUCUUGGGCUUGAUCUUUGUCUGCUUUUUCAGAUCACCAUCUUCUUCAUCCCCUGCCUCUUCAGAUCUCUCAAGAAGAUCUCUUAGAACAAGCUCUUAUGAUGGCCCAGCUUGGGAAAAAAGGAUUAAGGCCUCAGCAAAAAUCAGGUCAAGAAAUGGUAUUUCUGUUUUGGUAACUGGUGCUGCUGGUUUUGUUGGAACACAUGUCUCUGCUGCGUUAAAACGUCGCGGAGAUGGUGUAGUGGGGUUAGAUAAUUUCAAUGAUUAUUAUGACCCUUCUUUGAAAAGAGCCCGGCAAACUCUGUUAGAGGGUGCCGGGGUCUACAUCUUAGAGGGUGACAUCAAUGAUGUCACCCUCUUAAAGAAAUUAUUCGACGUUGUUCAAUUUAGUCAUGUUAUGCAUUUGGCUGCACAAGCAGGUGUAAGAUAUGCAAUGGAAAAUCCUAGCUCAUAUGUUCAUAGUAACAUUGCUGGAUUGGUUAAUCUUCUUGAGGUUUGCAAAAAUGCUAAUCCUCAACCUGCUAUUGUGUGGGCAUCAUCAAGUUCUGUUUAUGGAUUGAAUACAAAGGUUCCGUUUUCGGAGAGUGAUAGGACAGACCAACCUGCUAGUCUAUAUGCUGCAACUAAAAAAGCUGGUGAAGAAAUUGCUCAUACAUAUAAUCAUAUAUAUGGACUUUCACUUACUGGAUUGCGAUUUUUCACGGUUUAUGGACCAUGGGGUAGGCCAGAUAUGGCUUAUUUCUUUUUCACAAGGGAUGUUUUGAAGGGAAAAUCAAUAUCCAUCUUUGAGGCAGCUAAUCAUGGGACUGUUGCUAGGGACUUUACCUACAUUGAUGACAUAGUAAAGGGUUGUUUGGGAGCGUUGGACACGGCUGAAAAGAGCACGGGAAGUGGUGGAAAAAAGAAAGGCCCUGCUCAAUUGAGGGUGUUCAAUUUGGGAAACACUUCUCCUGUGCCUGUUUCUGAUCUUGUUAGCAUUUUGGAAAGAUUGCUAAAGGUAAAGGCUAAACGAUCGGUGAUGAAGUUGCCAAUGAAUGGUGAUGUCCAAUUUACUCAUGCAAAUAUAAGCUUUGCUCAAAGGGAGCUUGGAUAUAAGCCUACAACAGAUUUGCAAACAGGACUGAAGAAAUUCGUUCGAUGGUACCUUAGUUACUAUGGUGAUGGAAAGAAGAGUGCACAGUGAUCAUACAUUCAUUCUUUCAAUUGUGUGGUAGGACUUCGUUUUCAUUCUUGUUAUUGUUUUAGCAUACGUCAUGUAUUUCUUGAUUUCAUUAUAUUCUUAUGGUGCGAUACAAGGAGCAUAUAUCCGAUCCCAUGAUGGGUGAAGCUGUGUGAUUGAUUGACAUUGUAAUUUUCCAGGCAAUUUAAUCUAUCUGUACUAUCAAAUGCAACCUGAAACCAACACUUUUACAUCUUCCAGGAAUACUAUUGUUGUAGUUUUACAAGACCUCAUGAUUGAUAAACAAAUGCUUAUUAUGGACAUGUAUAAUCUUUAUUAAAUUAUAUACAAGUAGUUCCCAUAUUUGAA